AUUAUUUUAUGAUGAUUUCUUCAACUGCUGGAAUGUGGAUUUGCAGAGUAUUUUAAGCUUUAAUUAUUUAUUCGAUUUGAAGAUAAUUUCUAUUGAAAACAAAGUUCAUUAUCGCCUAAACUUCUGGAACUAUGGGUAAAUUUAUCGACCCGAACCUCACCGCAGGUCCCAAGAAGGUAAUCAAACGGAAGCUCGCAACGAAAUCUGCAUCAACAUCGGCCCCAAGAGCCAAAAAACCUCGCAAGGACAAAUUCGCCGGUGUCGAAGAUGCUACAAUCACAGACGAACCUGUCCAGGUCAAAGACAAUAUUGAACCUGUGGAGGCAGAAUUUCAAGAUUUGGAAUUUGAGGUGGUUCAAAGCUCAAGUUCUGGAAACGAGUACUUGAAACUGGUUCGGCCCGUUGGGGAUUUGUUUGCUGAUGAUGAUCUAAAAGCCAGAUAUGACCAACAUAGCAGACUCGACCUCAUAUUCACCAUAUUUGAUGAAAUAGCCCUUGAAGGCCUAGAUGGAAUUACCAUACAAGCGUUCUGGCAAAGAAUACAAAAAACACUUAAAUGCAUUAACUUGCCGUCCAAUUUAAAGGAAUUAAUGUGGCAAGUGAUAUGUUUGAAUAAAGGAGUUCAAUUUUUUGAGCUUCCUGAAGCUAGAGAUGAUUUAAUUGUUCCUAGUAUGGAUAGAGAUGUCAAUGAUGUAAACUUUAUGCAACCUAUCCAUUUUGGAGGAGAUAUUUAUAAGGUUGAACCAGCUCCAAAAAACUCUGGGCUUUUAGGUUCAUGCGCUACUCUAAGUACUAGAGUAGAUAUAAGUGAUGUGGUGAGAAAGAUGUCUUUAGAAAAUGCUAUUUCUGAAUAUGGUAACAAAUUAGUGCUGGUUGCUGAUUCGGAUUUAAGAAAAAAUGCCAUAGUUGAUAAGCUUGCAGAUCCUAAUUAUGAAGUUAUUGAUGUUGAAUACUGCGUAUUGGAGAGAAUUGGUAGGGCAAGACAUUUUGGUGAGGUUACUCUAGGAUCUGCUUCACUGGCCCAAGCAUUGAAUAUGGACACGCGAAGUCUGCAUCAUUAUUCAAAAAAUCUGAAAAAAGAAAAUUUUAUUAUGGGGCAAUUUUGCAUGGUUGCCAAUAUUGAGCAUACUAAGACCGGAAGACUAUUUCAUCUAAGGAGGUUCUAUCAUAAAAGGAAAACCAAGUACUUGAUUAUGAUGGAAAAUGUUUUUCAGUACAUGAAAAAAUGUCCCGGAUAUAGAGCCCAGUAUAAAGAUGUUAGAAGUUUAUUUAAUUCUAACGUUCAAAAGUUUUUUAAGCAUCAAGAAUUUAAUAAAUAUAUUGACACUAGUAUUUACGUACCAUAUAAGGAAUACUAUCCAGGAUCCACAUAUAAAGAGUACAUGACGAAAGGUUUCAGCAAAGAACGAGUGGUUCAAUUAAUGCAACUGAAAGAUCCUUAUGUAAAUAUUGUUGCUUGUUGGGGUGACAUCGAAAAUCAAAAUAAUCCAGAUUCUUCUGAUGAUGAAGACGAUGAUGGCGAUGACGCAAAAGAGGGCAGACGUAUUUUCAAUAAAGACUUUAUAAGGGAUGUGUAUCAAUUUAUUUUAUCGAAAGGACUUGAAGGUGCUAAAACAACAGAAAUAAAUAAAUACUUUGAUACCGAUAGACCAGGAAUGAGAAUUAUUUUGAAAAAACUUGUUAAAAGGCAGUUAAUAGUAUCAAGGAAAAAGGAUAUUGGAAAGCAAACAGUUUAUCAGUAUGUGGCUUGCUGUUUGACAGGUGAAGCUGGUCUGCCUUCGCGAGAAUCUAGAAUAGUACAAACAGGGACAAGUAGUGCCCUAGAAAAAUUAAAAGAGAGACAGAAACAGAAAAUUAAAUCAAUUGCCAGUGAUAGGGUUUAUACUGCCGAACAAUUUGCAUCAGACAGGGAAAAUCAACUUUUAUCUCUAGAUUUGACUCCCUCCUCCUUUAUUACUCCUCAAAUACCUGAAAUAAUGUGUCAAUAUUUCAUUGCACAGCAUCUCGCCUUGCCAGUGAUAAAAGAAGCCAAUACAGUGUUACUCAAGUUCUGUGAAAACUCAAAACCUUUCAAAAUAAAUCUAAAUUUGCCACCAGUUUCUCAAAACUAUUCAUUGAAUUUUGAAAAUUACUUCACUAAUAAUCAAAAAGAUAAAAUAUUGGAUUAUACAUCAGAAAUAGUUUUGGAUAAAUUCAAAGCUGACAAAUUUUCGAAAGUCUGUUUGCUGCGGGCUUUAAUAGACAAUUUAAAAAUUAAUAGUAAAGAUGUAAUAGAAUUUUUGGAUCCAAAGAAAUCCAAAGUAGCUGAAAAAAGGCCUUUAGAAAAGGAAAGUAAAAGUAAUGAUCGGGAGCUUGGAUCAGAGUUGGGAGUUUAUAUGGGUUGGAAUCCUGUAUUAGUUUUGACAGAAAAAGAUGAUGAAAUGGGUUUCCUUAUGGAGAUCUAUAUGUCGGUCCCUCUUAUUGGUGAUUAUAUGACAGGUGACAUAACAAACUAUUCAUCCAGUGCCAUUGAAGAUAGUAGUGACAGAGUUUUAUCCAGAAUUAAAAUUAUUUUAAAAACAAUACAACAAUUUGAAAUUUUUGAAGAACUAUUUAAAUUAUUGAGAAUAAUCUAUCAAGAAGAAUCCCGUGAUGGUAACGAUAGAAAAAUGGAUAGAAGAUCACUACACAGAUUACUGAAAAGACUAGCAGACGAAGGUUAUGUAAAAAUAUUUCAAGUCAUACUCGCUGGUGAAGAUUUGAAAAAGACACAAGUUUAUGUUUGUCAUCCAGAUGUUACUAUAGAACAUGCAAUUUUGCAAGCUAGUGUCAAACAACUGAAAGAAAAGGUGUUUUGUUACAUUAAGAAAUCGGAUGAAGUUGUUUAUCAGAAACCUGUUCCUGCCAAGAAACCACAAAAAUCGCCAUUUAUUGAACACGACGUCCUCGCAAGUAUAAACGAAAUUAAAUCUCUGACAGUGAGUAACCUUAAAGUGCAAUGUUCAAAAACCGCUGCAAAAUAUUACGGCAAACGCCCGAAAUUUGCCAAAAUAUCACUUAUUCACGAACUACUUUUUUAUCUUAUUUACGAACUGAAUAGAAAUACUAAACCUUUACCCAAAGAGGAAGUUGCAGCAUUGUUUCGAAGCCAUCAGAUCAGAUUAACUGAGGCGGAAUUGGAAAACCUCCCACCAGUUUACUGUAAAGAAAUAUCUUGGAAAACUUUUAUACCUCCAUUACCUGACCAUUUAGGCUGGGAUGAAGGAUGGGCCCUGUUAUGUGACGUACUUUUACGUUUCCCUAUAAGUCUGAUCACCCGUUGUCAUGCUGUUAACUUUAUUUCUUCUGAGCUUCAAGAAACUUUACAUCAUCCAAUAAAAAGGUACUAUUUAAUCCGAAACGUGUCCCCAAACAUCCGAAUGAUCAUAAUGUAUAGAAGAAAAUUCAUCCAUGAUAUGCACAGCAAUUUGGCUCUCUUGUGCUAUUGCGGUUUACUUCAAUUUGGCCCUUCAGUGUUUCACGACAAAGAAAAAUCAUUUUUCUAUUUAAAUCGCAAAGCAACUAUAUGGGAUACCAGGUCCUCUACUCCUGGCUAUUAUGAAAUUGAGAAAAAAGAUUAUCCGAAGACUUUAUUUUAUUUCCAUGCCUUGGAUGAUGUUUUCAAGUAUUGGUCCACAUUGGUCAAUGUUUGUUUACAUACGACUUUAAGUUCAACAAAGCAGAUAGAGGGAAAAACUAUUACUUUGAUCAAUUCUUGUGCAAAACCUGGUUUAAAUAAAGCUCGUGCUUGUAGAAAUCAGAACAAGGUUAAACAAAACGAUACAGGUCAAAUUCCAGGCGAUAAUUUAGGGGCCGGAGGCUUAGAUUCCUCAUUGUGGGCCCAUAAGCAACGCAGUUGGUACUUUUUUGCACGCAACAAAAAUACCAUGACAGAAACUUUGGAAUCGUUGAAAUUAGAUAAAAUAGCCAAUACCACAGUAGCUUUUGAUAUGCUCAAAGUGCCAAAAAUCUCAAACAAAUACUUUUUGCCAACGAAAAAGGCCAUAAGAAAAUUGAAACAAGUCAAAAGAAUUGGAAAUCCUAUAAUUAAACGCACAAUUGUACCACGCAAACGAAAACCUCUAAGCGAAAAGAGAACUGGUAUGGAUUCUGUGGAUAGGGCCACCUUGAGAAGGCUCAACUGUCUUAGGUAUAGACCGAAAUGGACCGAGGAAGAGGAUAGAUUGUUGAUUUUAUUAAAGAUUGCCUCUCAAAUUAUAACUCCUGAUAAUCCCAAACAAAUUAUUGGUUAUUCAGUUUUCAGGGACAUUUUGCAUAUUCUAUCACCUGAAUAUCAAAAUAAGACUUCCAGAUCUAUUGCUAAUCGCCUAAGACUCCUUCGAAGAGACGUACCAUUUUUCGUAAACGCUGAAAACCUUAUACCCAAUCUUUUUAAGCUUACUCCAAUGGCGAAAUAUUUUGUACCUUUCAGGAAAUUCAUAUUGAAUAACCAAAACACAUUAGCUUUUCAGCGUAAAUACAAACUAUCUGAAAUCGAACUUCAAAACGCCUUCGUAUUUCUCGCCUAUUAUUUUGUAACUCACAGAAAGGAAGUUGAAGUUGCGCUACACGGCAGGAACAUCAGCAUAGAUUAUUUUAAUAAGGAAAAUUUCGAUUACUACAAGGAAAAUAUUGAGCCUUUCAAUACGAAAUUGCGACUUUAUUUGACGCCUGAAAAUGAAGCUGAUAUUAGACAGUGUACACUGACAAGUACUGUACAUGCUGCUUUGACUCAUAAGAAAGAUAAUGCUGUAUGGUCCUUACAAGUCUAUAAAAUCUACCAACAAUUCAGUGAAGAAGUCCUCAGAAAAUCUCUUCUAGUUAUGCGCAAUAGCCGCAUGAUUAACUCAACGAAAGAACACGGCAAAACAUUUUUCAGCCCCUACAGGCUAUCACCCCAAUAUGUUUUCUCUCAAAGUUGUACUUACUGGUUUACCACCAUGAAAAAAGCCUAUAAAACUUUUCUGGAUUUAAAAUACAACCCAAAUAGUCUGGAUUUUAGCUUUGACAAAAUGGAAGAGACAAAAUUUGGACAAUUGCAUGGUAUAAAUGAGGUUCUGAGUUUCAUGCUUCCCGACUUUACAUUGAAUUUCGAAAUCCCAGAAUACCAUCUUAUUUUGAAUCCUGCUAUAGAGGAUCAUUCGGAAGUAAUUGAUGAGCUGGCCAAACGUUAUCAGGCCAAAUUAAGAAAUGACUUGAAAGAGGCUGAAAAUCAAGCUCAAAUUAGUUCCCAAACUAAAGAAGACAGUCCUGAAAUUUGCGAACCCAUUCCGGGCCCUUCAACCAGUGAACCAACCACCGAAGAUGAAAUACAAUUCGACGAUGAUGAACCUCUGGAUCUAUCAAUAACAAGCAACGAUAUGGUUACAAUAGACAACUUAAAACAUUGGAUAUCGGAUUGUAUUGAUGCUGAACGUGUACGUAGUCCGAGUCCUGAUUUAAUAAAUUUGGAAGUUAGUCAUAAGAAAAAUGAAGAAGGAAAAAUAGUGGAAGAUGAAGAAAUGACUGUUCAAGCAGUGCAAGAGAGAGUAUUGGAUCUUGAAGAAAUAAAAGAGGAAAUGUUAAAACAAUAUGAUUCCUCCAAGAAGCGUUUGGUUCCAUAUAUUUCUGACUUAACCAAGUUGCUUUCUGUAAAUUUUGAAGAAUUUGAAAAUGAAGAAGCUGGCUAUAACUUAAUGAAGAAACAUUUUGUGCAACAGUAUCCCUCCUUGAAAACAAUUAAUGCAGACGGUUUAAAUGCCCAUUAUUUGUCUGAUUAUAUAGAAAGCAGGAGUCAACUGGAGGAGAUUUGGAUCAGCUUGGAAAAAGAGUCUUAUGUUGGUACACCGAGCAAUAAAGGGGCAGCACUUGAUGAAUUAUUAGAAAAGGGUGGAACAAUUGAAGAUGUAAGUCUGUUGUCUGAUGAAAUGCUGGACUAUAUUGAGAGCAAAGGAAUACUUGGCGCUACAGGAUAUGAGCUAAAGGAAAAAUUUGUCAGCUUCACAAAUACCAAUUCCCUAGAAUUAAUAUUAAAAAUCUUAACUGAUCAUCAUAUUUUACUAAAAACUGGAAUUUGCGCUGUAACGUUCGUUCACUACAAAUUCCGUGACGCUUGGCUUACCGAUACAUUUAAUAUAACACCUGAACAAGCCAAUAUGUUGAGAUCUAAAAAUAAUGGAAAAGAGAACAGAGUGACAGAUGAUGUAAUUAAAGCCUUGGACAUAAACAAGUGGAUUAAAAUAAAACCUCUCCCUUGGUUUACUGUCGAUGGUAUUUUAGACAAAGACAUGCUCAAAAUGUGGCUAACCAAUGUGUUCUCUUACUGUAUAGAGAAUCCUAAGGUUACUUUGAUGACACUCUGUGACAAAUUUUGUUUUCUGAAGCCUGUUGAUGUGUUUUAUUUAGCAGAUACUUUAAAGAAAAUUGGAGCCCUAGGAUUCCGUCGACAUCUAGUGAGUGUUGUGGAUUUGUAUUCGGAAUACGAUGAGGCAGAUGAAUAUUGUGAAGCCACCAUGUUGGACAAAUUUGAAGAGAUUUACAUUGAAACUAAUAAUGUUGGAUUUUUAGUUUUGGGCUCGUUUUUGAAUUGUCGUAAAGAAUAAUAAUAAUUGUUACAUAUUCCAUAUUCAAUAAAAGAAAAGUUAAAUUUCAU